AUGACGCAGUCGUCGCCGCUCAUCGUCUCGUCCUACUCGAUCCACGAUGUGCGCUUCCCCACCUCGCUCACGGGCGAUGGCACCGACGCCAUGAACAAGACCUGCGACUACUCGGCCGCAUACCUGAUCCUGUACACAAGCCCCAAGGACUCUGCAGAGAUCGUGUCGUACCGCGGCCGCGAGAGCGAGGCGAUCAAUGCGCCGGUCAAGGAGGACUCGUCGCUGCGUGGAUUCGGCAUGACGUUCACCAUCGGCAAGGGCAACGAGAUCUGCUGCCAGGCCAUCGCCUCGGUGGUGGAGGAGCUGCUGCUCGGACGCGAGAUCGAGCCGCUCUUUGCCAACAUGGGCGAGACGUGGCAGCUGAUGGUGUCGGACCCGCAGCUGCGCUGGAUCGGCCCCGAGAAGGGCGUCAUCCACCUCGCCACAGCGGCGGUGAUCAACGCCAUCUGGGACCUCUACGCUCGCUCGCGCAGCAAGCCGCUGUGGAAGCUCAUCGUCGACAUGUCGCCCGAAGAGCUCGUGCGUUGCAUUCCCUUCCGCUACAUCACCGACGCCAUCACGCCUGCCGAGGCGCUCCAGAUCCUCCAGGACGCAAGCAAGGGCAAGGCGGCGCGCGAGGCCGAGAUGGUGGCCAAUGGCUACAAGGCCUACACCACCUCGGCCGGCUGGUCGGGCUACGACGACGCCAAGGUCGCCCGCCUCACCAGGUCGGCACUCGAACAGGGCUUCAACCACUUCAAGCUCAAGGUCGGUGCGGAUGUGGAGGAUGACAUCCGUCGCCUGUCGCUCAUGCGUUCCAUCGUGGACGAUCCCAAGGAGAUGCCUGCUGGCCGUGCGGAACCGUCGGCAGCGAGCCUGGAGGGCAAGAAUGCCGGCCCGACGGGCUGCGUCGUCAUGGUCGACGCCAACCAGGUGUGGGACGUGCAAGAGGCGAUCGACUACAUGGAGAAGCUGGCGCACCUGCGACCGUGGUUCAUCGAAGAGCCCACAGCGCCGGACGAUGUGCUCGGCCACGCCGCCAUCCGACGCGGCAUCAAGCAUCUCGGCAUCGGCGUCGCCACGGGCGAGCACGCGCACAACCGCAUGACCUUCAAGCAGCUGCUGCAGGCGGACGCCAUCGACGUGGUGCAGAUCGACUCGUGCCGACUGGCGGGCGUCAACGAGAUUCUGGCCGUCAUGCUCAUGGCCAAGAAGUUUGGCAAGAUCGUCUGCCCGCACGCCGGCGGAGUGGGGCUGUGCGAGUACGUGGUGCACCUGAGCCUCAUCGAUUACAUCUGCAUCAGCGCCACCAACGAGCGCAACGUGCUCGAGUGGGUGGACCACCUGCACGAGCACUUUAUCUACCCCGUCAGCAUCAACGGCGCCGGCUGCUACAACACGCCCAUGGACCCGCAGGGCGGCUACAGCAUCGAGAUGCUCAAGACCUCCAUCGAGGACUACUCGUUCCCCAACGGCUCGUACUGGAAGACGGGAGAGGCGCGCACCGCACCUCCCUCUGGCCACUGA